GGCCUGGUGGGGCUGAGCCUCUGUCCCGGCCAGGUGUGGGCUAUCGGCGAGUACCUGUCAGUGACCUGCGACCGGAGGUGCACUGUGGAGCAGAUCAACAAGUUCUUCGAAGCCCUGGAGGCCCUGCUGUUCGAGGUCACCCAGUCCCGGCCCUCCGCCGCCCUGCCCAGGUGUCCACCGCAGGUCAUCACCGUGCUCAUGACCACCCUGACCAAGCUGGCCUCCCGCAGCCAAGACCUGAUUCCCAGGGUCUCUCUGCUGCUGUCAAAGAUGAGGACCCCAGCCCCGAGCCCAGCCGCCAGCUCCACACACGGCGAGGAGGGCACGGAAGCCAUCCACACCCGGGCCACGGAGCUGCUGAACCUGCUGAAGAUGCCCAGCGUGGCCCAGUUUGUGCUCACGCCCAGCAUGGAGGUGUGCGACCCCCGCUACCACCGCGACGCUCACACGGCCCUGCCCCUGGCCCUGCACACGGUCAGCCGGCUGGUGGACAGGGAGGCCGGCCUCCCGCCGGGCUGAAGGGGUGGGACCAGCUGGACGCCGGCCGCAGAUUAGGCGCCUGGGUCCCCAGCCUGGUAUUAGGGCCAAGCUGGCGGCUUAGGGAUGAGAGCGGAACUCCGGAGCCGGGUGCUGCUGGGAGGGCGGCUGGGCUCCUCUGCUGCUGCCCUUCCGGGCUUUGGCUCUUAAUCCCGUGCUGGGCUGAGCCUCGCUGUGUGGGCGCCGAUUCGUGGUGGGGGCCCCUCUCUGGGCCGAGUGGAAGCCUCCCGGUCUGCUGCUUGCUCUGCCUUGUUUCUGGACAGUCUGGGGCCGAAAGGGAUACCGCAGAAUAAAGCUGCUUUGCCGGGUCUGGGUGAGCA